GAGAGUCUUGCUCUCUCUCUCUCUCUCUAUCCCAGUGCGUGCGUGUGAGGGGGAGGGAAACAACAACUAGUUAACCACUCGUAAUCUGCUGUCCUGUGGCCAACCAAAGCUUCCGGUCAGGGUAAUCUCCUAUUUGGCCCUCACGCAAUGCAACCGCAACUGCAUUAACUCCAUCAUCAACAUCAUCAGCAGCAACAUAAUUCAUUCAUCAACUGCAACGCCAUGCCAACAGCUACAAUUUGAGCUGACAUUGGCGAGAGAUUGCCGAAGGUUUUGAAUGCCAGCCAUAGGCGUAGUGGACAGUAGAAGCUUUCGCAGCCGCACAAUGGCCACCCAUGGCACGCCUAUGACGCCCCCGAGCACACUGUACCAUCGGCCAUCGUCCAGUGGUGGUGGCGGUGUUGCUGGCACGCCCAUUACGGUCUCGCUCCACUAUCCGUUUGCUGCGGGCGCCGUGCAGAAUGGGGCGGAGCGAAGUCGUCUGCUGGAGCUGCUGCGUGCACCCAAUAAUCUCACCUCGCCCACGCUGGAGCCCUCGUCGAAGGGUCUGCUGAAUGGACCCGGUCAGAAUAACUGCUUCCUCAACUGCGCCGUCCAGGUCUUGUGGCACUUGGAUGCCUUUCGACGUUCGUUCCGGGGCCUCAAUCAACACGUUUGCGGCGGCCAAGAUUGCAUAUUCUGUGCCCUGAAGGAACUGUUUCAGCAGCUGCAGACGAGCUCGGAGCCAGCUCUGUGCCCGGAGCCACUGCGUCGUGCAUUGGCCAGCGGUCCACUCGCCGGCCGACGCUUUCCACUCGGCUGUUUGGGUGAUGCCGCCGAAUGCUUUGAGCUGCUGCUGCAUCGCGUCCACUCGCACAUCUCCCCCGACGAUGGUGACUCGUGCGAGUCAUCCGCCUGCAUUGCCCAUCGACGCUUCGCCAUGCGCGUCAUCGAGCAGAGCGUCUGCAAAUGUGGCGCCAACUCCGAGCAGUUGCCUUUCACGCAGAUGGUGCACUAUGUCUCCGCUUCGGCGCUGACCUCACAGAAGAGUCUCGCUCUGCAGAAUCAUCAACAGUUGAGCUUUGGCCAACUGCUACGCGCUGCCGGCAACAUGGGCGACAUACGCGACUGUCCGAAUACAUGCGGUGCCAAGAUUGGCAUUUGCCGGGCGCUACUCAAUCGGCCGGAUGUCGUCUCCAUUGGCAUUGUGUGGGACUCGGAGCGUCCAGCUGCCGAUCAGGUGCACGCCGUGCUUAAGGCCGUCGGUACGAGCCUGCGACUGGCGGAUGUCUUCCAUCAGGUCAGCGAACAGCGCUGGGCCCAGCAGGCACAGCAUGAGCUGGUUGGCAUUGUCUCGUACUAUGGCAAGCACUACACCACCUUCUUUUUCCACACCAAGCUGAAGGUGUGGGUCUACUUCGAUGACGCCAAUGUCAAGGAGGUCGGCCCCAGCUGGGAGGGUGUCGUCGACAAGUGCAGUCGUGGUCGCUACCAGCCACUGUUGCUCCUCUACGCCGUGCCCCAACCGCCCAGCUCUAAUGGCAGUUGCAGUCAGGCACCAGCCUCUGGGACUGCCAUGGAUCUGCCGCUCGGCAGUGGCUCGGCGUCUGUGUCUGUGCGCAGAGCCGUUACGCCAAGUCCGGAGAAACCGAAUUUGGGCAACACCAGACGCGCCAUCACACCAACUCCCACACCAUCGCCGCUGCGGGCGCCGCUGAACGAUUAUCAGAACCUGAGCGUCAUACAGAAGAGCAUCUUUCCCAAUGCGGGCCCAGUUACGGGCCCGACUGCUGUUGUCUCUCUGCCCGCUGGCAGUGACGAGACGGACGCGUAUAUCAGCCGCAAGACGGUGGAGCAUGUACUGAGUGCCCAGUACCAGAACCUGAGCGUCAUCCAGGACAAGAUUGCAUCGGCCGCAGCGGUGGACAAGGAGGGUGGCUUUCUCAAUCGUAAACCGAUCGAGGCAAUGCUCAGUGCGCAACUGGCGCGACGACAACAUUUGCAGCUGCAACGGAGCCACAGUGCCGAGUCGAGUUCGGGUAAUGCGAGUGGCGCCUCCAACGGCAGCUCGCCGCCCAGCGAUGGCCUCACCAUACCCGAGCAUCUCAAUCAGCCGAGGCGUCGCGACUCGGGCAACUGGUCCGGUGAUCGUAAUAGCGCCAGUUCGGCCAGCUCCACCACACUGGACAAUCCCUAUCUGUAUAUGGUGGCCAAGCGGGGCGUGGCCGCAGUGCCACAGAGUCCAACGCGGCACGCCGGACACGUUGCACAUGCCGCACACAAUGCUCACAACGGACACAAUGGCCAUGGAUUGCCCUACGAUCCGGGCUAUGAUUCGUUCUCGUUGAGCUCCACGGACUCGUAUCCGCCCAAGCAUGCACUGAAUCCCCAGCUUGCCAAGAUACCAGAGGCAGCUGCUGGUGUGGGUGCAUCAACACAAAAUGGUGUCCAGGCGCAUGGACAUGGUCUGGCGCUGUCCGGUGACUGUGAGAAACUGUGCCAUGAGGCCGACCAGUUGUUGGAGAAGUCCCGUCUGGUGGAGGAGUCGCACGACUUGGAGACUGCCCUGGUGCUCUGCAAUGCGGCUGCUGGGCGAGCGCGUGCCGCAAUGGAUGCACCCUACAGCAAUCCCCACACAAUGACAUUCGCCCGCAUGAAGCACAAUACGUGCGUUAUGCGAGCACGGAGUCUGCACCGGCGCAUUCUCGUCGAGAAGGGUGCCGAGAGCGAGGCGAUGCCAGAGCUCAAGCAUAUGCGGGAGGGCAGCAACAGCAGCGUUAAGCAUAUGCGUCAAAAUAGCAAGGAUCGAACGCUGGAGAAACUGGAGCAAUCGACGCCACAGCUGCUGACAGCUGCGUCCUCGUCCGUUGCCAAGAGCAUCGAGAUCUAUGCAACGCUGCCCAAGCGCAAGAGUCCGCUCAAACCGUUGCCCAGUGCCCACGACGAUAAUGCCAUCGAGUACGACCACCAGCUCAUUAGCAGCAGCAACAGCAACAGUGGCAACAGUUCCCAGCACCAGCACCAGCAGCAGCAGCAACAACAGGUGAAGCCGGAACGUGAGAGUCGCUCACUGUUCGGUCGUCGGCUGGGUGAUAAGGACAAGGACAAGGAGAAGGAGAAGCGCAGUCGCAGUGAGGAUCGCAAUAAGUUGACGCGCGAGUUUUCGCUGACGGAGACGCUGCUCGUCAAUGCCAAGGACACGCUGAAGAAGCACAAGGAGGACAAGGAUGAGAAGAAGGAGAAGGAUAAAAGUGGCAAGAAGCAGCAUAAAAUACGACGCAAACUGCUAAUGGGCGGACUCAUCCGACGCAAGAAUCGCUCCAUGCCCGAUCUCACUGAGGCCGUCGACGAUGCCAGCAACGCUGUCAAUGCCACAGCCAGCGGACGUGUUCAUGCCACAACUCCAGCGCCGCUCACCAGCUCCGUCGAUGACAGUGCUGUCGGACUGAGCCUGCACGGGCAUGCGAAGCACGGCCACGCCUACAACUCAAUGGCCGCAAUGAGCGGCUACAUUUCCGAGGGUCACUUUGACUAUGUCGUUGGCAAUGCAUCCGGCAGUGGCAGCGGCAGCGGCAGCAACUGCUCCGGCACCUCUGCUGCAGUGCUGCAGUGCAGCGCCAAUCCAAAUCUCGAGCGCAGCAAGCUGAUGCGCAAGAGUUUCCAUGGCAGCGGACGCCAGCUGACCAUGGUACCCAAGGUGGCGCCACCGCCCCCAAUGCGCACCAGCUCCACCCUAACCGCCCAGCAGCAACAGCAACAAUUCCAUCACGAGGCGAAUCUUUCGAAUCUAUCGGCCAUGAGCUCGAACACCUCGAUUAGCGAGGAUUCGUGCCAGACCAUCAUCACCACCUGUGCCCAGGUGCACUGCGAACAGAGUCCGCUGAAGGAGCUACAGAUGCUGGAGCUGCCAAUGCCAAUGCCGAUGGUGCUGCCAGCUCCAUUGGAGUUGCCACCGUAUCCGAGUCCGCCGCAAUCAGUUUGCCACUCGCGGCAGGCGAGCGAAGACUUUCCACCACCGCCGCCGCCCGAGAUCGAUCUGGAGCCGCUCAACCAGCAGCUAAACCAUCUGCACGCUUUGGAGGCGGCCAGCAAGCAACAGCGUCAGCAACUGGACUCUCUGGAGGGCACCACCAGCAUUCUGGCCCAGCUGCAGCAGCGCCAGCACUUGCUCAAGCUGCGCAAGGAGCAAGCAACGCCCCUGCCCCAAAUCUCCAUGCCAUGCGAUAAUGCUGGCAGUGGCAGUGGUGGCUGGGUGAAAGAGCUGCAGGCAAAACAAACCGAUCUCAGAGCGCUACAACGGAAACAGGAGGCACCCUCGCCCAGCAGCGUGCGCGAUCUGGCGCAUCGCUUCGAGCAGUCCCAGACUAACCUGAGCAGUUCACCCAUGCGCUCCUACGCCUCCCAGGAGUUGCUCAGCCCCAAUUCCGGCAAUAGCAACAACUCCAACGCUGCCUCGUUGCGCACCCAAAUGAACGGGCUGCCCAACUGUAAACUGGAUGCAGAUGAGGUGGACUCAGUUGCUCCCAGCCGCAUGCCCAUGCCAGCUGCCAUGAUGGGAAUGGGAAUGGGUGUGGGUGUUGGUGCUGGUCAUCAUCAGAUGUUGGCCAAGCCCAAAUACGAGAUGUCGCAGUCCCAGAUCGCCGAGGAGAUACGCGAGGUGGAGCUUCUUAAUUCGAUGGUGCAGCAGACUCUGAACCAGAGCAAUCUCAAUCAGUUGCCCAAGCGAGUGAAGAAGAAGAGUGUCUCGUUCUGUGACCAGGUGAUAUUGGUGGCAACCGCUGGCAACGAGGAAGACGAUGACUUCAUACCCAAUCCGAUAUUAGAGCGUGUCCUACGCACUGCCCAGCAUCCCAACGAUAAGGUCACCGCCCAGCUCAUCCAGCAGCAGCAGCAGAAUAUGCUGCGAUUGCAAACGGAGCCACAGCCACGACAGCAGCAGCAGCAGCAGCAACAACAACAGCAGCAACAACAGCAACAACAACAGCAGCAACAGCAGCAGCAAUCAUCGCCAAUGCUGGGCAGACCGGACAUGCAGCGAUAUGUGCAACGACAGCAACAGUUGCUGCAGCAGCAACAGCAACAUCAGGAGUUGUAUCGCCUGCAACAGCUACAACAGCUGCAGCAACAACGCACCAGCAUGAGCGGCAUUGCCAGCCAACAGCAUUUGCAACAACAACAACAGCAGCAGCAACAACAACAGCAGCAGCAACAACAACAGCAGCAGCAGCAGCAACAACAACUUGACGCACAAUACACCAGCAUGCCAAGGCCGAUACAUCAUGCACAUCAGCAGAUGCCGCAAAGCUAUUCGGUGCAGUUGCAAAAGCAUCAGCAUCAGCAACAACUGCAACAGCAACAGCAACAGCAACUGAAUCUUGCCUAUAUUCAGCAGCUGCCCGAGCAGCCGUUGCCCUCGCCUUAUCAGCGUGUGCCCGUGCCGCAUGGCUAUCAGCCAGCUGCCCCAGUUGCAGGCUCAGUGCCUGCUGCAGCCGCAGGACCCUACUACACACCAACAGCUCAACAACAGCAGCAGCAGCAACAACAGAAACAGGCGCAGAAGAAGGUCAGCUUUGAGCCAGGCACAAAGGGGGAGAGUGCGGAGUGUUUGCCACCACCGCCGCCGCCACCACAGUCGAAGCUGACGCUGCAGAAUGGUCUGCCCGAUUCCGCGGGCAAUAGUAGUAGCAAUAGUAGUAGUAGUAAUAGUAGUAGCAGUAGUCUGAUUGGUGGCAACGCCGCAAUCACCGCCAUUACUGCCAUACCCACCCGCGUCUACAACAAUGCCAUCGUGAAGGCCUCCGCAAAGGCCGUCGAGUGCAAUCUGUGCCGGAAACGGCACGUGAUUGCCCCCGCCGUCUACUGCACCAACUGUGAAUACUAUCUGCAGAUGCUGAACCAGCGCAGAUGAUGCUAAUGCGCCGUCGUAAGCAAGUCGUAUCUAAUCGUAAUCGUAAUCGUAAUCGUAAGUGGAAACUCGUAAUCUCAAGCAAUGCUGCCACGCCGCCCAAAAUCGCCCAUAGGAUCAUAGUUAAGAUGAUGACUAACAUAAGGAUGAUGUGAUUGAGGAGUGUACAUAGAGCUAAUUAUCACUGUUGCACUGUUCCACUGUUGGGGAAGCAGGAGAGCAACUAAAGCCAGACAGACACCGGGAUGCGAUCAAAUUGUUGCUCGGCGUUGCUCGUGAGGAGUGAGUGGCAACAGCAACAGUCCUUUUAUGGUUUCACAUAAGAUGUCCCAACUGUGCCUUGCCACGCCUUUGCCUUUGCCUACGCUUGCGCAUACACACACACACACACACUCACACA